GGAGCGUGCAGGGAGGCAAGGCGCUGUAGCUUCGGGGAUCCCCCGAGGCUGCUCGGCCCGGCCCCACCUCCGCCGUGGGUCCCGGCCCUACCCACCCUAGCUCAGGCCGGCAGAGCCAGCGCUCGCGGAUGCGGCUGGUGCGCAGUAGCGGGCCUGGCCAGCGGCUCGGGGCUUGCAGGGAGGGCGGAUCUCGGGUCGGACCCGCAGCCCCCGACGCCGGGCUUGGGGGUUCCCCCCGCCCCGGCCUCCUGCCAGUCACUACCACCCCUAGCCUCUCCAGCUGAGCUCGGCGCCGGGAGAGGAUUAAGUUUGAUCACUAUGAUCAUCUCACCCACAGACAGAGGAUGCAGGGCUUCAUUUUUGUUCCUAAAAACAGGGGCACCGUAGAUACGUAAACACCCAGGAAGGCAGGGGGCUCCCUUUAUCCAAGGAGGUGGCUGUGCAGGUGGCCACCACAGGUGGCAGGAACCACAGGCUGGGGCACUCCGGAGUCAGGAGUGAGUGGGCAGGUUGACUGGCAUCAGGCAGCCUCUCAGCCAGGGCCCUCUCCGCGUCAGCAUGAACUCCAGGACCACAUCUGCUAGGGGCUGGUUCAGCAGCCGCCCACCCACCUCUGAGUCUGACCUGGAACCUGCCACAGAUGGGCCAGCCUCCGAGACCACUACCCUCAGCCCAGAGGCCACCACCUUUAAUGACACCAGAAUCCCUGAUGCAGCUGGUGGCACGGCCGGCGUGGGUACCAUGCUUCUGUCCUUUGGGAUCAUCACGGUGAUAGGCCUGGCUGUGGCCAUGAGGAACAUUCAGAAGGCCUGGGUGGAUGCCCCUCUUGCCAAAAUCAGAGGUAGGAAGCUCGUAGGACAAAGGCAGCGGAGGACAGAAGAUAGCUCCUGGGGACCGGAGACAGGCCCAGAGGUUUUGUACAUCAGGAAGAAGAAGAGGCUGGAGAAGCUACGCCACCAGCUCAUGCCCAUGUACAACUUCGACCCCACGGAGGAACAAGAUGAGUUGGAGCAGGAGCUGCUGGAGCAUGGGCGGGACGCCGCCUCUGUACAGGCUGCUACUUCUGUGCAGGCCAUGCAGGGCAAGACUACUCUGCCCUCCCAGGGCCCACUGCAGAGGCCCAGCCGGCUGGUGUUUACCGAUGUGGCCAAUGCCAUCCAUGCGUGAGUGGCCUGGGACAAGCCUGGACUUCUGAUAGAGACUCAUCACGGUGCCCACAGAGCUCCCCACUCCCUGAUUGUCAAGACCUACUCUGAAGAUCUUCCCUGCCAAGACACAAGAGGGCUGAGCCAGGCCCUAGCUGUUCUCCAGACCCACCUGCUGACUCUAGACUCUAAGAGAGGGCCCUAGCCAGGCUGGACUUCUGACCACUGACUUCUCCUGACCUGAGGGCCCUGGCACAGAGGGCAUCCCUCAUGCUGAGAAGGUCAAGAGCCUCUGCUGGCUUCCUCAUCCCCUGUCCAGAUCCCUCACAUCACGGUCUGCCCCGCUAAUGUGGAGAAAAUGAGGGAGAUACGGAGUGGGAGGGAUUGGGGGAGGAAAGGGGAGGUUUCCCUCUGUUAGGGAGAGACCUGUUUUUUGGAAUCUGGAGCCUCCUCUGGGGUGGGGAGAGGAAAUCACCCAAGUUAUAGGGACAGGGUAGGGCAGCAUCUGUUAUGGGCCCUGAGAAGCCCAGAGAUGGAGCUGAAACUGUCCAGUAUGCAAGGAUGCCAGGAGAAGGGCAAUUCACACCCAGGGUCCAUCCAUACUACGGAGGGUCCAGGAGGUCUCCCAGCCACCCAUCCUUGGCAACCAGAUGUUACUGGGGCCAAGCUAGGAUGGGAGCUGAGGGGGAAGGAAGUAGGGGAAUGGAAGUGGAAGGAUGCAGCCCCCCCCAGACCUGCCGAGAGGCCUCAUGCAUGUGCAUGAGUGUGCCCAUGGGCAGACAUGUGCCUGUCCCAGCACAGCGGGCAGGAUGAGAUUGUCCACACUGGCCCCACCCUCCAAGUCGACCUCUACGCCAUGGUAUGUAGUGGAGCAUCAGGGUAGGCUGUUUUGCCUUCGAUCUUCAGGGACUGCAGGGAAGAGGGAAGCACGCGCAGCACGGUUCCUCUCUCCACUGCAUUGUUUCACUGGGCUCACCUGCUUCUGAAAACGGCUCCCUGUCUUGGGCUCUACUGAGGAUCUGGGGUUGGGAGAGGCUGUUGGUCUGAGGGCAGUAAUCACAGGCUGCAGGCUAGAGGGGGCAGUUAUGACUGCCUGAAAGCGGGUGAGGGAUUGCACCUCAGAAAAACAUCUAAAAAACUUAGUCUAUGUUUGAAUUCCCCAUCUCCAUCCCAUCUAUGGGAAGAGCCGUUCAGUGUUUAGAGAGUGGGGAGAUGGGUCCCUGCACUUGGCCUCUCCAUAAGCCUUGGAGGGUCAGGGCUGAUACCAGGGGUCCUGGCAAGCCAUUGGGCAGAGACAGAUCCCAAGAGCGGGGCAUUUUUUUACGCUGGGCAUACAUAUGCACACAAGCAUGCACAGAGGCAUGUCCCGUGCCCAGCCUCUCCACCGUCACUGUCCGCUGCUGGCUGGAGGGGAUGCAGGGGUAGUGUAUGCAGACCUUCCACUGGGCAAAUGCCAUGUGUCAGGAGGGAAGGGCCUAGGAAGCCCCCAUGGGGAAGGUUCUGGAUUUAUUCCCUCCUCUAAAUGCUAUAAAUACGUUAGCACUUGAGUCGACUGGAGGCUGCCAGGAAUUCAGGAUGCAUACAGCUGUAAUUUAACCCAGAGCAGCUCCACGUGAGAGCAUUAAAGAUGUAAUGAAGAUGUUUACAUGGAAA